UAGAGAUUUACGAAGGGUGCUGCCUGCAAAAUGAAAGAGCUCUAUUACGCCACCGCAAGUGCGCAACGGGGCUGUGCAGGUUGCAAGCUAAACCCGAUUCCGAUUCCCACACGUGAGGGAAGAGACCAACCGCGGGAACGCCACGCAUCGCCAUCGCCGCAAUCUCCCAAUUCCCACGCACGUCGACCAAUCCCGCCCUUAACCCAAUCGAAUCCGCCAGCAGCAGAGGCCGCGCUUUGCUAGUCUGGCCGCGGUGGCUUUGACCGCGCCCCCGUCCCGCCGCCCAGGAGCACCGCAGAGCUCGCGGUGCCUUUAAUGGCGCUGGAGUCUUCCCUCGCGGUCCGUAGGCCCGUCAUGAAGAGGAUUUAAGCUGCAGGCUCCUCGCUCCGUUCCGUCGCAGCUCACCGCGCGCGUGGUGUUGGUUGAGGCGGGCAUACGACGUCGGAUAUGAAUGGCCGGGCUCGGAGGCCGGCGGCGGCGCACGGCGCGAAGGCCGCCCCGAAGGGCGAUAGGUCAUUUUGUCGGAGUAAUUGACCACGGAUACCCCGAAGACGGCGAGACAAUAAUUCAAGACAUCGGGGCUAGCAAAGCCCAUCAGUCCGACUGCCCGGCCGCUCCUGCCGGCUCCCCGUCCGACUGCUCUGCCUGGCCGGCUGCCGACUGCGCCAACCAGCCGGCUGCCGACUACAACCCGACUCGACACCGACAAGACAUCGACAAGACAGCCACACCGCGGCCAUGCCUGGCCACUAUUGCUGCAUAGGCGUACACUAUUCAUCCAUCACCAUCAACAGUGUGCAGUACCAUCAAUAAUGUAACUUGUCCCCUGGGCAUUAGUAUAUAAAGUGACCGAGAGGAGCAAGCCAUCGGGCCAUGGCCACAAGGCCUCACACAGGCUAGCCAGCUAACUAGCUAUCCAUCCAUCCAUCCAGGAUGAACACACUCCACGCAUACAUGCUAGCUAGCAAGCUAGCUAGCACACACACACACAUCCAUUCAUCCAUCCACCCACGGCCAAGCACACACUUGUGCUCAUAUGCAUAUACGAGGCCAGAUGCCUAUGGCACUGACCUUAGAUACAGCUCCAGGAGCACUCUGUACCAGAUAUACAUACCAGAGAUAUUCAGACAUGCAGGAGUAGGGAUAUUAUCUCUCCGGAGAGCCCCGAACCUGGGUAAACUAGCGCGUGCUACUCGCAUACCCGCUCCCGGUCCUAUCAGCAGCAGUCUUACCCUCACACUAAGCCCUUCUGGCAUCUGUCGCCUCACACCCCCCGGUGAGAAUACCACGACAGUUGGCGCCCACGGUGGUGUGGUACUACUACUAUGCUACCACGCUGCUGCUGGUCUCGCAGUCCGGGCGGGACCAUUUUCGUCUUCACCGCUGCGGCGUCGCGUCGUCUCUCCGGUAGCGCUCGGGGGCUCGACUUCGACCCGACCCCGGAGCGGCCGUGCGGGACGGCGCGUCCUCGCCGUCGGCCUCACCAUUUUCGCCAUCAUCACCGCGGCGUCGCCGUCGUCUCUCCGGUAUCGCUCGGCGGCCCAACAUCGACACGCCCCCGGAGCGGCCGCGAGGGGCGAAGCAUCCUCGCCGUUGGCCUCUUCGUCACCACCGUUGCGACGCCGGCCAUCCGUCCGUGCACGCGCCGCACGCGGGGCCUCGCUUCGGUCGGCCGUGUCCAUCCACGCGCUGCUCGCGUCUGCUUCCCUCCGCGUUACGCCUUGCUCCGGCCGAAACACGCGCAUUCGCUCAUCCACAUGCCAUCUUUGCAAGCGAGCUAGAUGCAAGUCAACAAUGGUCAAACUUUGGCCAUACACCAUCCAUACACCACCCAAAAAAUCUUUCGGAUGAAAGUCAGAUACGCCCCAGACUUCGGUCAGAUGCUAGAUGGGCAAUGGUCAGAUAAUGGCUAUUCUCUGCUCAGAUGCAAGUCAGACCAUGGUUGUACUCGUACGCCAGCUCGCCUGCCUUCUUCUCCGUCCGCGCAAGCUCCGCUCCACCAGCGGCGGCGGCCGGCCUCGCCUCCUCCGCCCACGGCGGCCUCCGACGAGCCGGCCAGUCUCUCCACCUCCUCGCCUGCGGCUCCACCUGCUCCGCCCGUCGUCGCCUCCCGCGUGCCGCUUGGCCGCACCCCAUCGCUGGCUCCAGUUGCCAGCACCGGGGCCGCCUCGUCGCCCGCGCCGCCGCCUUGCUCCGUCCACCCGAGCCCCAAGCUCGGACUCCCAUCGUCGGUGCCGCUUGGCCCUGCUUCCGGCCUCUCCGCGCCGGCUCCUCCCCGCCGGGUGCUCCGCGUCGGGUCCUCUCUGCCGGCUCCGGCUUCCUGCAACACGGACUCCUCCGUCCGUGUCGCCCUUGGCCGACUACCGCGCCGCGCCUGGCCGCUCCGGCUGCUCCGUCUGCCCGCCCGCGCCCGCGUCGGCUUGCCCCGUCGCCACCUCCGCCACUCCGGCUGGCCUGGCGCUGUCCCGCGCCGACAGCAGCUCUGCUGCCUCGCGCCGCUCCCGCCUGGCUGCAGGCCCGCGUGCCGGCUCCGGUCGCCGUUAGCCGGCUCCGCCACGACGGCUCCCCCGUCCGGUCGCCUCCGCCCACGGCCACCUGCCGUCCGAUCCGGCUCGACCUCCACGCCGGCUGCCCCAGGCAGAAAGAACAGAAGAGGGAGACGGCUCCCCAUCCCGUCCAGAAGAAAAGUCAAGGGCCGGCUGAGGAAAAAAGAGAGAAAGAAAGAAAGUGUGUGUGCAUCCAGCUGCCCAGACCCGGCUGUAGAAAACGCCGGGUGCCCACGGCCGACUGGCGAGAAAAAAAUGUGUGUGUGCAUCCGGCUACCCAGAGCCGGGUGAAGAAAAGGCCGGGUGCCCACGGCCGACUGGCAGAAAAAAAAUUGAGUUCGGGUGGAAAAAAGAGGCCGGCUGCCCACGCUGGCUAAGAGAAAAGUAAGGCCGGGUGCCCAGCCGGCUGACUAAAAAAAGAGUGGCCGACUGCCCCAAAAAGCAGAAAGAAAGAAAGAGAUGCGGGCCGACUGCUCCCAUCAACACGGACACAAGGGCGAAACAUCCGGCUGCCCGUUGCCAACAGACGGACAAAGAGAAGAAGAAAAAAAGUAUCAACUUCAACAAAGAAGACAAAGUAGUUGCCGGGAGAUCCGGCCCGACUGCUCAGCAGUCGGCCUGAGUCUCGGGGGCUACACCCAGCGGGUACGCUGAC